UCUUGGUCUUUUCGUAUUGUGUUUCUCAUUCUUUGUUGUUUUUUUUGUUUUGUUUUGUUUCUCACCAGAUUGUAGAAAUUUAUUUAGGGACUGAAGCCUUUUUUUUUUCUUUUUUUUUCAUUUCAAUCAAAAUGAAGCACUGAAUAUUUCAUGGCAGUUCUCCAAGAGGAGUCUGGGGUCCUCCUGGAGUCCUUGAAUUAUAGCCCAGAGGUCCCUGUUUUUUGUUUAUUUGUUUUUAGUUACAGUGGUGAAAAUCCCAACCCAAUAUUGUCAAAUCUAUUUACUGUGUUAUUGAGUUACCAUAAUUGACCUGUUUGACUGGACACUUGAAUUUGGUUUAAUCCAAAUUGUAAUAACUAAAAAGAAAGAAAGAAAAGUAGGUCUAGUAGGUCUAUGAAUAAUGUUAACUUGGACCUAUUGUGUUCAGGAACUUGAUGGCGAAUCAUUCACCAUCAGCUUGAAUGAUCACUAGUUCAGCUAUGUUUGCGUCCAUUAUUACUACAUUUAUUUACACUGUUUAUGUCUUUUCACAGGUAGCAAAUCAUCAUUCCCAGCACUUCCAAGUGACCCAGGUUUUGUCCAGCCAGAGGCAGAACCAGUACAUGACUGGACAGAACAUAUGGACAGGAACAGUGCAGACCUGGACUUGCAAGAUGUGCCUCCUCCAGACCCUGUUCCCCUUUUAGAACCCCACGACAUCCUUGACCUUCCCCUUCCCCCACCUCCAACUCCAGUCUUAGAGCACCUCACAUCUUCAUCCGACUCCUCUGCCAGCCCUUCUCCACUUUCUGCCAUCAGCCCGGCACGGCCCACCACUCUGGCUCUGAAGGCAGUGCCCCGUACCACUGGCAACAAGGAGAAUGGUGGAUCUCCAGCCCAAGAACCUAAGGACAAGGAGAAGAAGAUAAUGGAGGAGGAGCUUAAGAAAUGCAUCGAGGAUUUCCGCAAGAUUAGAAUCCCCAAGCUCUUCCCAGAUCGCAAGAGGCUCUGGCAGAAUGACCUCCUGAAAAAAUACAAUGCCUAACUUAAACGCAGUAGUUGGGAGCCAAUAAAGCAGACUUCAUGGAGUAAAUAUGCUUAUUUUCUCUCUUUCUGCAAUGCGUUAGUCUACGUAAAACAGGACCUAGUAUCCUCAUCUGAAGCAUCCCACUGACAGGAAGUCUGUAUAUGCAAUCGAGAUGGACUGUACAAAAAUUAAAACAAAGGUAGGCGAGCUGAUCUAUUUUGUCUGUUAGGGUUAGUAUGAGAGGCAGGCUUGACAUCAAACCUUUGAUGAUGUUUUAAUUUUUGUCGAAUAAAUAAAUCUUUUUUCUUUUUAAAAGAAAACAUUCUGAGUAAAGGGAAAAGGGGAGCAGGGGGUCAGAGGCAGACUAACUUUGUGCUGAUUGUGCCACAUUCUGUCUUGCAUUGGCUGAUUGCAAAUCAUAGCUGACAGCUGAGAAGUUGAUCGGAUCAUUACACUGAAGCUAAAUAAAGCACGUGUUUAAAGAGCUAUUCAACGUCUGCGUGUACUUUGGACUGAAUAAAUGCACCACAUGAGCAUGGUACAGACUGAUUGUCAUCAGGAACUAUUGUUCACUGUUUAAAUAAAUGUUUUAAAUGAAAAAAAA